CGAUUGUCAAAAUGGCGUCAGGUCACGGUGCGGAGAUCAUCUGCCGGUCCCGGUCCGGGCAGCGCUCGUGUUUUAAAUCAUGAGGUUUAUCUUGUGAAUAUGCUGAAGGACAGUUCGAGUAGAUAUUCUGCUGAAAGAAGAGCGGAGGGCAUUUAAAUUAGAGGAUAGUCAUGAAGACAAUGAUGUACCUCGACAUAUGACAGCGAACCGUGACAACAUCAGACCUCUCUGGAAGGCUUUAUAGUAGAGAUAUUUGAUCAGGAAUUGGGUUGAAGUCGAUGGGUUAUCCAUCCACUGGUGUCCAGAAGAGCCGCAUCAUCUCCGUAGAUUCUCCUCUGAAGCUCAUGGUGGAGUCAUCUUCCUCUGGAAGCCGGGGUGCUGAGGAUAGCAGACCACCUUCCCACAUCGCUGAUGUCACAGACAGACGAGAGGACAUAAUGCAGGACAUGAUCUCCCACACCGGGACGUCGACGAGAGACGAAAAUCAAUCACCCACCGGGCGGCACACUGAUCUCCUGUGCUCUGCUGCAGGAAGUCAGUCAUGUUCCGCACCGCAUGGCACACAAUUGCCAAACGGAAAUGCUGAGUGUGAAGUUUCAAAAUCGUCUCACCUUGAAGGAAGUCAUUUAAAAGGCGAACCGUCUUGCGAUUCUUUACACGGUGCUUUGAACGUUGAUGGUGUUCUCGGGGUUGAAUCCUGUCCCUCCGUUCCUCUAACCAGCCAGUCGAAUUCUCCUUCUGAAGUAACAGAACCACCUCAAGAUGGCGGUGAGAUCAGAUCUAUCGGGUCAGGACAUAAAUCUAAUCCCCAGAAGCAAGCUCACGACGAUGAGGACGUCAGCAGUUCUCCUGACGCAGAGCCGUACAGAAAGUCAUCCGGCAGUCCGUCAGCUGCUGUGACACGCUCUCUCAGGACAUUUUCCUCUAUCUCUUUGCAUAACAAUGAAUCCACGUCCUUGAGUCCGGAUGAUGGCGAGAUCUUUCUCACCUCAGACAGACCGGAUGGUUUAAAGUUCAUGGAUGUCAGUCUGGUCUCCAGGAACACGUAUGAAAUCAGUCGGCGUCAGAGCGCCCCGGACAACAUCCCCACCACGUUGAGCGUCGCUGCGUCCGGUCUCACUCUUAGCGAGAAGCAUGGCGUUUCUGAGAUGUUUAGCAGCAGAAGUUUGUUCUCCAGAAAGCAGAGAGAGACCCCCAGCGCACCGGGAUGGAAACUGUUUGGAAAAGUCCCUCUGAGGGAGAGCCCCCCCAAAGACUCCAGAACCAUUCAGCAGGACAGUAAUCCAGGCAAUCUCACGUCUGUAUCUACACCUGAUCUCUUAACUUCAGCGGAGUAUGAAGCCAAGGUGACCAAAUCCAGCCCGAGUCCAUCCCUUUCCUCUCAGAGCCAACGUAAGAACUUGGAGUUUGAGCCGAUGUCCACCACCGCUCUCAUACUAGAAGACCGCCCCGCGAAUCUUCCUGCUAAAUCAGAGGAGGAGGCACAGCGCCACCGUCAGGAGUAUGAUGAAAUGGUGGCCGAGAUGAAAAAGAGAGAACUGAAGGACGCUCAGAAGAAAAAGAAACAGAUGAAGGAGAGGUUUAAACAGGAGGACAGCAUCGCCAACGCUAUGCUGGUGUGGAACAAUGACAUCCUUCCCAACUGGGAGAACAUGCGCGGGACGAGGCGUGUGCGAGAUCUCUGGUGGCAGGGUCUGCCACCCAAUGUGAGGGGUAAAGUCUGGAGUCUGGCCAUCGGGAAUGAACUCAACAUAACCUCAGAUCUUUACGACAUCUUCCUCUCGCGAGCCAGGGAGCGAUGGAGGAGCAUCAGGGAGACGGGCUGUGAGCUGGAAUCAGACGGUUUGUCUUUCUCGUAUAUACUGGACAGUGGGGCGUCAGUAGCAGACCGUGAGUCCAGUCUGGACGUGAUUAAACUGGACAUCUCUCGCACGUUUCCAUCUCUCUUCAUCUUACAGAAGGGUGGGCCGUAUCAUGAUCUUCUGCACAGUGUGCUGGGCGCUUACACCUGCUACAGACCUGACGUGGGAUAUGUUCAGGGAAUGUCCUUCAUAGCUGCAGUGCUGAUUCUGAACCUGGAGGAAGCUGAUGCUUUUAUCGCCUUCGCCAAUCUACUGAAUAAACCCUGUCAGAUGGCUUUCUUCAGAGUGGACCAUGAGCUGAUGCUGAAAUACUUUGCGGCAUUUGAAGUGUUCUUCGAAGAAAACCUGCCCCGACUCUUUAAUCAUUUCAAGAGUUACAACCUCACACCCGACCUGUAUCUGAUCGACUGGAUCUUCACGCUCUACAGUAAGUCUCUGCCGUUGGACGUGGCGUGCCGGGUGUGGGACGUGUUUUGCAGAGACGGUGAAGAGUUUUUGUUCCGGACGGGUCUGGGGAUCCUGCGGCUGUAUGAGGAGGUUCUGCUGCAGAUGGACUUCAUCCACAUCGCUCAGUUUCUCAACAGACUGCCGGAGGACACGCAUCCUGAGCGCCUCUUCUCCUGCAUCUCCAACACUCACAUGCUCAGCGGUAACAGGAAGUGGACGCAGGUGUUUAAUAUCCUCGUGAAGGAUAAAGAAGCAGAGAAGACCAGCAGUCCUGCAAUGAAAAACUCCUGAAAUCUCUCAGGGCACGAGUUUUAACAGCUUUAAAACAAAUGAAAUGAAGUGCACCAUGAAGAAGACAACUAAAAAUGAUCACUUUGUAACCGUUGCCAGUAUUACAGAUGCAUAAUUUGAUGAUAAAACCUUUAAUGAUAGAAAAAAUCCACCAGCUUAAGUCAUGUACCGUAUCAAAUACCAGCGUCGGUUUCGUUGUCUGAUUCUUUCUUAUGGAGAGGAAAUAUAUCGUAUCAACGACUGAUGCAUUUGAUCAAUACAAACAUUUCAUAUGUUGUUCGAUCGUUUCAUUUUGAGCCUGUUAAUGCACUUGUGACUUUAAUAUUUGACUUGAACACUAUGAAUAAGUUGUAGAAUAGCAGGAUGUGAUGCUUUCUUAAGCGCUUUUUAAACCGUAAUGCGGUGCAAUAGAAUUUGUAAGAAUAAGUCUGAUGCAGUUAUUAUUGAGCGAUGCAGAAAUGUCUUGAAGUAUUCCAUGACAUCUCGCAGCUUCUUACCGAAGAAUUAUUUGUUCCAAUCAAAUUCUUCUUUUAAAACGCUAAUAUGUAGGUUAAUUUUAAAACUCAAUCAAAUGUCUUUAUGUGCUUUAUUGUGAAACAUGGAUCCAGAGAUUUGUGCACGUGUGUGCGUGUGCGUGAGUGUGUGUGUGUGUGUGCUAUGAUAAUAUGGCUUUUCUUUGUUUGUGAUGUCUGUUGAUUUUCCUCUUUAAUUUCUUUUCGACCAAAUACUUUGAUGCUCAUUGUAGGUUUGAACUCCAGUGUGUUGUUAUUGGGUAUGUAAACAUUUUUGGAUUGAACGCUACAUUGUGCGCGGAGAAGUGAUUUUAAUAUGUAAAUUGUAUCUUAAUUCUCAAUUAUUUCUACACUCCUGGUUUUAUUGUACAGUUUUCUUACGCAAGUGAAGGUUUGUAAAUAACUGACAUUAUUGACACCAUACAUUUUAAAUGUGUAAAUAAAUUUGAGACUGAAAUUGUUUUUAUUUGUUU